GGAAAUGGGGCCUGCCCUCGUGCUCAGCUGCCAUUGGCUGCGGAACCCGCCCGGGGAUAUAAAACAGCCGAGCAAACAGUGCACUAACUGUGCCAACCUGACCCGGCGGCAGAAGUUCAGCUCAGCGGAGCAGAUCGCAGCGGAGGAGGGCAGGCUCAUCGAGAGGGCGGUGGCAGGACCAUGGAGAAAGAAGAGUACACGUAUGAAGAUUACCAGCACACUGCCAAUUGGCUUCGGUCCAAAACCACUCUCCAACCUCAAGUGGCAGUGAUCUGUGGUUCUGGGUUAGGAGGUCUGACUGAUAAAUUGACUAAGGCUGAGAGCUUUAACUACAAGGACAUACCAAACUUUCCCCAAAGUACAGUGCCAGGUCACGCCGGUCGCUUGGUGUUUGGGUACCUGAAAGGCCAGCCCUGCGUGAUGAUGCAGGGCAGAUUCCACAUGUAUGAAGGCUAUUCGCUCAGGAAGGUGACGUUCCCAGUAAGGGUUUUCCAUCUUCUGGGUGUGCACACCCUAGUAGUCACCAAUGCAGCUGGAGGACUCAACCCCAAGUUUGAGGUCGGAGACAUCAUGCUGAUCCGUGAUCACAUCAACCUACCGGGUUUGUGUGGUCAGAACCCUCUCCGUGGGCCCAAUGAGGAAAGGUUUGGAACUCGUUUCCCUGCCAUGUCUGAUGCCUAUGACCGGGAUAUGAGGCUGCUGGCUCAUCGCAUCUGGGAACAAAUGAAGGAGCAGCGAGAGCUCCAGGAGGGCACCUACGUGAUGGUGGCGGGCCCCAACUUUGAGACUGUGGCAGAGUGCAUGCUGUUGCAGAAACUGGGGGCAGAUGCUGUUGGGAUGAGCACAGUACCAGAAGUCAUCGUGGCAAGGCACUGCGGGCUGCGAGUCUUUGGGUUCUCCCUCAUCACCAAUAAGGUCAUCAUGAAUUAUGAAAGCCACAAGACGGCCAAUCACCAGGAAGUGCUCGAUUCUGGGAAAAAUGCUGCACAGAAAUUGGAAGAGUUUAUCUCCAGACUUAUGGAUUGUGUUCCACAGACUGAGAAAACCUGUUAACCAGCCCUGGAGUGACCUGGCCUCAACCUUAUGGGAUCCAGGUAGCUGCUACUACUUCAGUCCCUUGCUCGGGCCACAUGCCUCUGUCCUGUGGUAGCAGCAGAAUAGAGAGGAAGAUCCCUAUCUUUCCUUUCCCUAUUUCCCCCACCAGACUCUACUGGUGCUUGGUCCUCUUGAGAAGCUGUUUUCUCAAAAGGUUUCCACCUCUGUCCUUCCCCUAAAGCUGGAGCCCAAGCCCUACCACGCUUCUGUGGAUAUGCCCGAGAUUUGAUUUGGGCCAUGGAAGUUGGCAGAAUAGCAGCUGAGCUGCUGCUAGUUUUUUGAGAUGAUGCUCUCACAUUCCUGGGUACUUAGUUCUGCCUCCCCCAAAGCACUGGAGACCACAAGAACCAGUCCAAUACCUCUCAGCUUUGAUACUAUUGUAUUUUGAGAAUAAAGAGAAAGAUGAAAUAAUUUCUUCAUUUUUGUACAAUUUGAAAUGGGGCUGGGACCCAGGCCAUGAAAGGCAUGUGAAGGCACAUAUCUACAUGACUGCUGCUCAGACUGGUAGCUCAGGACUGAGUUGAGGUAGAACGUGAAUGAAGGAAAGGGUGAAGCAAAGGCAAAAUGAUGAAAGAUGUUAGAAGAUGAAGAAGGUGGGGCUAAUUUCUGGCACAUGGUGGCCACCUCCUUCAGACCAGACUUGUUUUCAUCCCUUCUGAUUGCUUCACUCCCUGAUCAUUCUCUAGUGAAUGUUUGAAUUAGUUCACUGAUUUCAGUUUUUAUUUCAUUGUUGCCGUUUCCUUGUUAAGCCCCAAUUUUAUUUCCUCUUGAUUUCCUUCUCUCCCCUACUCCAACACAUGCCGUAAUUAUCGUGCAACUAUACUCCUCAGCUCCAUUCUGAUAAUGCAGGACCAAUUGCCCUUCCUCUGCGGCCAGCCACUCCCCAGCUGGUUAGAGUCCUGCCAGCCACAAGCAAACAUUGAAGUUGUCUCAUCCUCAGUUUUUCCUCCUGGGGACUCAGUUCUGCCUCCCCCAAAGCACUAGUAUCUCCUUUUGCCUUCUUUUGGGGUUCUGUUUCUCUUCUCUUGCUUGAGCAGAACCUCCUGUGAAGCGGAAUGAGCUCCCUUUCGUUGGCUCAUUCACUAUGUCUGUGCUAAUCGACUUGCAUUCAGCUGGCUGGCAUGUUUGGAAGCCACAUCACCCUUAUUUUGUGUUUGGCUUAUUUGGUGUUUGGCUUUCUUAAUCCUUGGGUUAGGAACCAGAAUGGUGCCACCCUGAAAAAUAAGUCCCACAGAAACUUGUGUUUCUUGAAUGGAAAAUAAGGGUAUUUUGAGAAAGAACAGUGCUAGGUGAGCUAAUGGUGGUGACAUUUCAGUUAUCAGUAUAAUAUGGAAGAGGCAUUUUGAACCGAAAGCUUUUAAAACUUUCGAAUCACCCUUUGGUGGCUGACCUGAUUAGCUGAGCCCAACACAAAGAGAAACAUCCUGGUGUGGUCCUGAUACCCUUUUCUCUCACCAGUACUCUGAACCCCAAACCAGGUCUAAAACUUGGACAAGCUACUAGCAACUCAUUUAUCUCAGAGCUGGUUUAGAGGGAAGUACUGUAUAUCCUUUAGAUAUGGACACAUUCACAGCUAGAAUGUGUUCAUUUAAUGAUGUGGCUUGAGGAUGUCUCUUCAAUCAAAUCUCUAUAUAACACUCUUAGCUAAGAAAAUGUUAAAUUCAGACAAAAAUUGGUCUUUCCUUGUCAGUGCCUACAAUCUUAAGCCACACAUUUGGAGCCCAUGGUAAGGGAUCAUCUGACACUAUUGGUGGGAAUGUAAACUGGUCCAACCAUUAUGGAGAGCAAUAUGGAUUUCCCUCAAAAAGACUAAAAAUGGAAAUAAAUACCUGGGACCCAGCGAUUCCAAUCUUGGAUAUAUAUCCAAAGAAUAUGAAGCCAUCAGCACAAAAACCACAUAGGCAGCCAUGACGACUGUGUUGUGUAUAGGAAGCUUCAUAUAAAACUUUCAGCUUAGUCUUAAGUGAUGGGGAGGAGGAGGAGGAUAUCAUGCUAGGGUGAGUCAAAGCACACAGCCUUGAAAAGCACUAGAUCUGUGCCUGGGCCAUUGUCACACACAUGACUAGAACUGAGGACAUCAAGCAAGACAUGGGCUGAUAGGACACUUUGGGGAUUAGAGGGAGGACGAAUUUGGUGUUUGACUUUCUUAAUCCUUGAUCUGCUUCUUGGUAAGAUGGGUCAGGAACCAGAAUGGUGCCACCUGAAAUGGUGCCACCUUGAAUGGAAAAUAAAAGGGCAUUUCUAAGUUUUUAGACUUAAAUGGAUUUACCAUAUAGAGGUAUCAUGUAUUUCAGGAUAGAAUACUAGACUCAAAAGGAAAGUUAUACAGGCCUCCCUGGUGGUGUAAGGGGUUAAGAGGCAGCCUAUGAAGCAACUUGCAGCCUCUGCAGCACGAGUUUGAUCCCUGGCCAGGGAAUUACCCACAUGGCACAACAGACCUCUCCUGUCUUGCCCACUGCUCCCCUCAGCAGUGUACUUCAGUCGAUCUGUUUCUGUUCCCCACUCUGUCUCUGAGUCCUCUCAUUCCCCGGUCCCACUCCCCCCCCCCCCGCCCCCCAACUACACACACACACCUCUGGCCUGUACUCCAGUUCUUGUAUGCAUAAAUAAAUAAAUCUUCAGGGAAAAAAAAGGAGGAAAGUUAUACAUUUGAUAUCUUAAUUCAAGUCUAAUUCAUUAGUUCUAAGCUGAAGUAAAAAGCAGAAGCUGCUUUUUACACAUGUAUAUUAUUAUAUUCAUGUUAGAGCAUUACAUAUACUCCCGGUGAUAAGAUACAAAAUUGUAUAUUCUUGCUUGUACAAACUAAGAGAUAUGACAAAGGUAGCUAUGGGCCAAAAGGAUGAAAUCUUGCUAUCUGCAACAUGGAUGGAACUGGAGGGAAUUGUGCUAAAUGAAAUAAGUCAGAAGGAAAAAGACAAAUACUGAUGAUUUCACUCACAUGUGGAAUAUAGAGAAAACAACAGAAAACACCACAAAGGAACUGACAAAACUAAGCCAAAAUAAACCCAAAAAGUGUUGCUGCAUAACCGAGGCCAUUAGAUGGGGAGGGAAACAAAGGUAGCCGCACAAAGGUCCAGGUAAAGAAUGACAGGUGCUUGGAUGUUGGGGUGGUAUGUUGACAUACAUCUGGGUAGGUGUGAACCCACUUCCCUAAAUCAUAUUCAGUGUUGUAAACCAAUGUUACCUCACUAAAGGAAAAAAAUAAACUAUAACAUUGUUAACAAAUAAAAGUAGCUAUGGACAGGUAAUAAUUAUAGGUGAUAGGUAUUAAUUCUAAAUUAGUUCAAUAGAAUUCUAGGUUUUAGGAAGUAUGGAUUGGGGAGUGAAAACAUGAACACAAAGUGUCUUUAAUUACUUUAAAACAGCUUUAUUGAGAUAUAAUCACACACAAUAAAAUCCUCUCAUUUAGAGCCUCCCUGAUAGUGCAGUGGGUUGAGCACAGCGCUGUGAAGCCAUCCUCAGCCUCUGUAGCGCGGGUUCGAUUCCUGGCUGGCCAGAGUCCCACAUGGCACGGCAGACAGCAGUGUAUCUCAGAAGAUCUGUCUGUUCUGCUCCCCACUCUGUCUCUGGUGAAUCCUCUCACCAUUCCCCCACACCUCUGGCCUGUACCCUGGCUCUUGUAUGCAUAAAUAAAUAAAUCUAUAAAAUAC